AUGCAGGACUUCUAUUCUAAAUCGGUGGGACGAAUGAAGAAAGCCCGCAGCAUAGUUGAUGACGAUGAGGAUGAUUAUGAGAACCUGAGCGACAUUAGCAAGACGCCUGCGGUGCCAACUCAAGGGAAGAACAUCGGCGCCACAGGGAAGAAGACAGACCUGCAACUAAAACCGUGCAGCAUGGUCGACGACGAUGACGAUGAUUAUGAGAAUGUAAGUGACCUCACCAGGACACCAGCGGUGCCGACACGGGAGAAGAAGAUCGACACCUCUGCCAAAAAGGAAGACCUACAAUUAAAAUGGCUCGAUUUCUCAUCUCCCGCUGUAAAUUCUGCGUUCAAGGAUUUGCCAGAUGAACCAAGCAGUAAAAGUUACCAUGGCUUGGUUUGGAAGAAAUUAGUCUUGGUGAUGUGCCUCAUCCUCCUCUUUCUGAUGGUCAUACUUAUAAUCGGCAUCAUGUUCACCUAUUUGUCUGCAAUCCAGGAGACCGCCGGGACAGACAGAAAUAACAGGGCUGAAGACCUGAGACGAGUGAACCAAACGUUUGGAAAGGAAAUAAACGGCCUCAAAUCCGAAAUUCUGACCCUGAAAAGAGAAAUGGGUCUAUGCACUUCCUGUCCAGCUGGUUGGACCCGUGUGGGCCCCACCUGUUAUUAUCUCUCCACAUCCCAUAAGACCUGGGAUGAGUCAAGGAAAGAAUGCGUCAAGUCUGGCUCCAGUCUUCUCAUCUUGCCAAAAAAAGAAAAACUGGAGCCACUGCUGACGAUAACCGGCAACAAGAGGUUUUGGAUUGGGCUGAGGAAACUCAAUGGGCUCUGGAAAUGGGUGGAUAACACAAACCCCGAAUUUACGAGCUGGAAUAGUGGGGAACCAAACAACUAUGACCGUCGAGAGCACUGUACAGAGAUGAUAGCAGGAGGAUGGAAUGACUUGGACUGCAGCAACACCAUAGACUACAUCUGGUCUCAGCAGGAUGUGCGGGGUCCGAGGAGGCUGUGCUGGUUCUCAGGAGAAUGUGUGGGAUCUGAGGAGGAUGUGCAGGGUCUCAGCAGGAUGUGCGGGGUCCGAGGAGGCUGUGCUGGUUCUCAGGAGAAUGUGUGGGAUCUGAGGAGGAUGUGCAGGGUCUCAGCAGGAUGUGCGGGGUCUGAGGAGGCUGUGCUGGUUCUCAGGAGAAUGUGUGGGAUCUGA